UUAUUCCCCCUCCAGUCACGUAGGAAGCCAGAUAAUAGGUAGAAAUGAGUGGAUGCGUCAUACCGAAUUGUAUAUUUGAACAAAGCCACGAUAAUCAUUAAUUUGUUUGCAUCGAUAUUACGCGGCGUAAUACAACCAUAUUGAGUGAUUUAAAUAGCCAUUUUCGAGUUGAUUGUUCGGCUGUUUUUAUUGCGUGACAGAAAUUACAGGAAAGGAAUGCCAUGAGCAAGAGAGAAAGUAAUGAUUUCAUAGUUAUGUAAAGGUCUCCGAUUUUACUUUCAUUUUACUUUCAAUAGGCAUCGUUUCCGCGGUCAUUCCAUCGCGAUACAUAGUAUUUCGCGCUCAAGUCCUCCGACAACUGUGAUGUGAUUAAAAAUAGAAUAACACUUGACGGACUAUGAACGGAUUUUAUUAAACAGUGCCAGUGAGGAUGGAGGAUAAAAAAGCGGAAAAGAAGAAAUCAAGACCAGCACAGAAAUUGUACGUUCCUCCUGCACAAAGAUCUACAAGCAAGAAACGAAAUUCUCCAAACAUGGAAACUCACACAGAAGAGACUACCCAUGCUUCAAAAAAUACUAAUGAAGAGCAAUCCUUAGUUAUAAUGUUGAAUGAAACGUCUUUGUCUGAGGAUAAGAACGUUGAUUUAGAAAAGCAAGAAAUGGAAAGGGUCAUCUCUAACAUUAAUAGAAAAACGCGACCCAUUAUCAAACAUGUAAAUGUAGGUAACAACGAUGUUUUGCGUAUCGAUCUCCAAAGGAAAGCAGAAAAACCAAAAGUCAUCCUCAAAGACCAACAAGUAGCCAAUUGGGAAGACUUGUUUAACGAGGACGAUGAUAUAGUUGAGAUAGCUGAAGAGUACGAAGAUGACAAACACAACGAAUCAAUAAACAAGGAAGAGGAAGAAGAAGAGGAACAACCACCACCGAGAACAGAAUUCUCAGAUCUCGAGCAUGUCAUAGAACUCUAUGAUUUUCCCCCCUCAUUUAAAACACAAGAUUUAAUCCAACUCUAUCACGAAGUUAAUAAAGAAUCUAUGUACGUGAAAUGGUGUGAUGAAACCCACGCUUUAUUGGUUUUUAGUACACCAACACAAGCCAAUAUGGCACUAAAUUUAAAGCAUGACAUAAUAAAAUCAAGAAGAAUGGGUUAUGCAAGUGCAAUAGCCUGUCAGGUGGCGUCAAAAUCCGAUUUGAAACCAGCUCUUCGAAGACCACAAACAAGUAUGCAAACUGCACGUAGAAUGAUUACCUCGCAUUUAGGUACAGGUUUGAGAAUAAGCAAAGAGGAGCAAGCUCGCGAACGAGAAGAAUUACGUAAAGCUAAAGAAUUAAAGAAAGCACAGAAGCAAAGCGAGUUUGAUGCUUGGGAAGGAAAUCCUAGACCUUCAACAGCAUAACGUGGUACCCUCUUUAUAAAUGUGAUACAUGUCUACUAAAACCGAAAAUCUUGUGUAUCUUUUAUAAAAUUAGUUCACUUUGUUAGUUAAGUUUUAAUGAAUUUGUAUAUAUCUCAUGAGGAUAAACUAAAUGUAAAUGAAAAUGUAAUUAAUUGUAAUUAUAUUGGUCCUUCAGUACAAAAUAUACACAGACAAUUUUUAAUUUUA